CAUCCCUACUUUUCAAUUAAACGGCAUUUUUGUGCGCGUCACAUUAGAUAUCAAAGUUGUUUUGCUACAUUUCACAAAUAUCUGCCGAUCUUUGUGGACCGUAACAGGCGAUUGCAUAGAAGGAUAAUGGAUACACCGCGUCGCAAACUGCGCAACCUGCACAUGGAGAAUGUGCAAAACAAUAGCACACCGAUCCGAAUACCACCAUCACCGAUGCUGAAAACACUUGGUCAUGGCACCGGUGUCAGUGUCUAUCGCCUAGAUAGGUCUCCAAAGCUGGGCCGCAUACGUUCGCCGUGGGCGGUCAAACGCAUCACACAACGCACCAGGGCCAAAAAGGAUACGAUGUUCAAUGACCGCAUCAUACACGAAGCAGCCAUUUUGCGCAAACUGAACCACCCAAACAUAGUCGGGUUUCGUGGCGUGAUUAAAUCGUCGGAGGGCGUCGAUGCACUGGCCUUGGAAAUGUGCAGCACAUCGCUGGGCUCCAUAUUGGAGGAACGCCACGAUGAGGAUCUCGGACCGCUGCCCGCCAAACAUACAUUCAAAAUGAUCAUGGACAUUGCUCAUGCUCUGGACUUUUUGCACACCGAGGCGCGUCUGCUGCACGGCGAUCUGAAGUCCUUCAAUGUCCUGGUCAAGGGCGAAUUCGAAAUCUGUAAAUUAUGUGAUUUUGGCGUUAGCCUGCCCCUGGACGAGAAUGGCGAGAUAAACUUUCACAAGAAUCCCCAGCUGCAAUAUGUGGGCACACAAUUGUGGUCGCCACCUGAGAUAAUGGACGAGGUGGAUAUUAUUGAUAGCAAAGCAGAUAUCUUUAGUUUCGGCCUGAUCAUCUAUGAGACACUGGCCUUGGUGCCGCCGCACACACUGGAACUGGACGCCGCCUUCAAUAGCAGCUCCAUAAUUGAAUUGGAAAACUCACAGGAGCAGCGCCGCCAAUUAAACUACACAGAUGAGGGAAACAUGAGCGUCAACGAUCUAGAUGGCAGCGUUAAGGAUGUUAAUGCUGCGGCCGAUGCCCUUGUGGACACCGACGAGGAUGAUACCAAAGAGAAUGACAUCUCCGACUAUUCGCUCAGUCAUGUGGAGCAGGCGUAUGGCACACGCCCACCAUUGCCCGUGGCAUUCCAGCUGAGCGACGAUUACAAUUGUGUUGUCGAGCUGUUCUACUUGUGCACCAAUGCCCACAGCGAGGAUCGUCCAGCGGCACGCACCAUUUGGCAGUGCUUCGAGAACAAUGCGGCCAAUGUGGCCGCAUCCAGUGAUUCAGCCAGCGAUUAAAAUCAUUAUUUGAUAUCAUUUUAAUCUGGCUGCCAAUUAGAAAACUCUAAAUGUUAACUAUUAA